UGCUUCAUACGCAUAGAUUUUCUCUUCUCAGGCGCAGCCCAAAAAGUUAGAAAUGUAAAAAUAAAAAAGGUUUUCUUGACCGUCGCUCCAAUCCCACAUUGUCUACAACUUUCUUUUUUCAGUUUUCAUUGUGGAGCGUAGACUUGUCUCCAGGAAUAUAGAGCGAGUGAUUGCAGAGAGAGAGAGAGAGAGACAGAGAAACAAGGAAAAAGUCUAAUGGCUCCUCUUGGCGACAAAUCGGAUACUGCAGAGGAAGCCAUGGUUACCGAAGCUGAAAACAAACCCAUUUCCAACAUCCUCAUCCUCAUCGCUAUGCAGACCGAAGCGCUUCCUCUGGUCAACAAGUUCCAGCUCACUGGGGACGUUGAUUCCGUGUUCCCAAGUGGGGUCCCUUGGGUCCGGUACCAUGGAAUUUACAAGGAUCUUCAUCUUAAUCUAAUUUGGCCUGGAAAAGAUGCAGCUUUGGGGGUUGACAGUGUGGGCACUGUUUCUGCAUCUCUUGUGAUCUAUGCUUCUAUUCAAGCAUUAAAGCCAGACCUUAUUAUAAAUGCUGGAACUGCUGGUGGCUUUAAGGCCAAAGGAGCAAGUGUUGGUGAUAUAUAUCUUGCAUCUGAUGUUGCUUUCCAUGAUAGAAGGAUACCCAUUCCAGUUUUUGAUCUAUAUGGUGUUGGUUUAAGGCAGUCCUUCUCUACGCCCAACCUUCUUAAGGAACUUAACCUUAAGGUUGGUAAGUUGUCAACCGGUGAUUCUCUAGAUAUGUCUCCACAAGAUGAAGCAUCAAUCAGUGCAAAUGAUGCUACUGUUAAAGACAUGGAAGGUGCAGCUGUUGCCUAUGUGGCAGAUCUUUUGAAAGUCCCUGCUAUAUUUGUUAAAGCUGUUACUGAUAUAGUGGAUGGUGAAAAGCCAACUGCAGAAGAAUUCUUGCAGAAUUUGGCAGCAGUAACUGCUGCUCUUGAAAAGGCAGUUACACAAGUAAUUGAUUUCAUCAACGGAAAGUGCCUCUCUGAACUUUGAUGCAUCUAAGUCCCACUGAAGUUUUUGAAAAAUAUUAUGUCUAAUGUAAUGUUUUGCGGAUCUUGAAUUCCUAAGAUACCAUCUUUAAUUGAAAAUUUGCAACCAAUUUCAUAGUUGAGUAGGUAUAUGUUAAAAACAACUACAUGGCAAUGCAAUAACAUUUUCCUGAAA